AUGUCUCUCUAUACAAAUGACAUGGACAGGAUGGAUACGCAAGACGAGGAAGAACAACAAGACUACCACGAUCAACAGCUAGACAAUUUGUCUCGAGGCUUACGAGGAUUGAAUUACAGUUGGGAAGGAAUUUUACUACCAGCGAGCCCAUCGUGCUCCUACCAGACGCAGCCGAGUCAAGAAGUGACUAUUCCAGUGAUUUAG